CACUAUCAUUUCAUUUUUUUCAAUAUAAAAAAAAGAAAAAAAGAAAAGAGAAAGCGAGAAAAACGAAAGAGAAAGAAAAUCGCAGUGACAUCACACCAAAUGGCGCAGCCAAACAAACAACUUCCCUGCGACUCCGAUGGCUUCUGCAUGCUCUGCAAAUCGAAACCUUUGGAAACUGAAACACUUCACUGUCGAACAUGUGUUACUCCUUGGCAUGUUCCAUGUUUACCCCUUGUUCCGACAACUCUUCUCGAUUGGGAAUGUCCUGAUUGUUCUCAACUCGUUGAUGCUCCUGCUCCUUCCAUCGCCGGCGAACUUGUUUCCGCUAUUCGCGCUAUUGAAAAUGAUCCUUCUCUUACCGAUGAAGAUAAAGCGAAGAAGCGUCAAGAACUCGUUGGUGGAUCUUCUUCUAAUCCUACUUCCGAUCAUUCUAAUUCAAACAAAACUAAAACUAAUGGCGUCCUUGAUAUCUUGAAUGGUUCUCUUAACUGUUCCUUUUGCAUGCAGUUGCCCGAGAGACCCGUCACUACUCCAUGUGGGCACAAUUUUUGUUUGAAGUGUUUUGAGAAAUGGAUUCAGCAAGGAAAAAGAACUUGUGCGAUUUGCAGGACUUCAAUCCCACCAAAGAUGGCUAGUAAUCCGAGGAUCAAUGCACAAUUAGCUAUUGCGAUUCGUAUGGCUAAGUUAGCGAAAUCGGAGAAUGUUGGAGGGAGUAGUGCUCACAAAGUUUAUCACUUUGUUGGCAAUGAUGAGCGUCCUGAUACUGCUUACACCACUGAGAGAGCAAAGAAGUCAGGGAAGGCUAAUGCUGCUAGUGGGAAAAUAUUUGUGACAAUUCCGAAGGAUCAUUUUGGACCUAUUAGUGCUGAGAAUGAUCCAAUAAGGAAUCAAGGGGUUCUUGUUGGAGAAACAUGGGAGGAUAGAAUGGAAUGUAGGCAAUGGGGUGCUCAUUUCCCCCAUGUUGCUGGAAUUGCUGGUCAGAGUACUCAUGGUGCUCAAUCUGUUGCUCUUUCUGGUGGCUAUGUUGAUGACGAAGAUCACGGUGAGUGGUUCCUUUACACUGGUAGUGGUGGAAGGGAUCUAAGUGGUAACAAGCGUACCAACAAAGAUCAGUCCUUUGAUCAGCAGUUUGAGAACAUGAAUGAGGCUUUGAGAGUCAGUUGUCGUAAAGGCUAUCCUGUUCGUGUUGUUAGGUCCCACAAGGAGAAACGUUCUGCUUAUGCACCACCAGAGGGUGUGAGAUAUGAUGGGGUUUAUAGAAUUGAGAAGUGCUGGCGCAAAGUUGGAAAACAAGGUCAUAAGGUUUGCAGGUAUUUGUUUGUGAGGUGUGACAAUGAACCAGCUCCAUGGACAAGUGAUUUAUCUGGAGAUCGUCCCCGUCCAUUGCCUAAAAUUAAGGAGUUUAAGGAGGCAGUUGAUAUUACUGAAAGAAAGGGUGAUCCAUCAUGGGACUUUGAUGAGGAAAAGGGAUGCUGGUUGUGGAAGAAGCCUCCACCACUAAGUAAGAAGCCAGUGAACAUUGUGGAUCCUAUUGAUGGAACAAAAAUAACAGUUGUCAGGCCAAGUGCUAAAAAAGUGUCCUUCAAGAUCAAAGAUAGGCUAUUGAAAGAGUUUGGUUGCAAUAUAUGCCGCAAGGUGUUGGCUUCCCCUCUUACUACACCUUGUGCUCAUAACUUCUGCAAAGCCUGCCUGGAGGGUGCUUUUUCUGGCCAAAGUUAUAUCAGGCAGAGAGCAUCUCAGAGUGGGCGCACUUUGCGUGCACAGAAGAAUGUUAUGAAAUGCCCUACCUGUUCAACUGACAUUGCUGAUUACCUUCAGAAUCCACAGGUUAACAGGGAAAUGAUGGGUGUCAUAGAAUCACUCCAGCAACAGGCUGAACAACAACGGAUGGAGGAGAGUUCUGAAGAAUCAAGUGCUAAGGUGGAGGAGAAUUCUGAAGAAUCAAGUGCUAAAAAUGAUGAAAUUCCGAAGCUGGACGAGGACACUGAUGUUUCAAAACCCAGUGAUUCAAGUGAAAAAAUAUUGGAGGAAAUUAACGACAAUGAUCUGAAACGUCCUCAGAAGCGUAGGAAAGGCCCUGAUGGCAAGGCGGUGACCGUGGAGGAACAUAUUGAUGAGGCAGAAACUGAAGCUAAGGCAGUGACUUGCAAGUAGGUUUUUUGAUGAUGGAUUGAAUCGUGCUGUUUUAUUUUGGAUAUGCAUUAAACAGCAUCAAUCAUAAUGUGUUGCUGAUUCAAAGGGAUUUUUUUUCAAUUGCUACCUCAUAGACAAGGCAUUUUAUGGCUUUUUUGGGGGUACUUCUCGUUGUUUGAGAAGGCAUUAACAAGAUUGGGCAAUUGGUGUUUAGUAGGAGACAAGAGUGUUAUCUGUUAAAACAUUAGAAGGAAUCAAUGGAUUUUAUUGUAUGUUCAAAUUUUCAAAUCUAAAUGUUGCAAUAUGUUUCCAUUAUUA